CUUUCCCAUUCGUUUCUGUCCCUUUGGGGAAGGAGGAUGGCUUCUUAGAUGUCGCCCUAGGACAGGAUUCGAGUCAUCAGGAAAUGUCAGAUAGUUUCUGGCCCUGAGCGUCUCUCAUCAAAUGGUGUAGUGAUCGCUGUCCGUACCAGAGCCUCCACAUACUGCGUAACCCUCUGGUCUUCCCCUGGUAGUUGCAGCCGUCACUUCUGGGAAGCCUUCCCUGACCGUCCUCUGGGUAAGGGACCUCCUCUGGGAUCCAGGACUGACCUCUCUUUCCCUCCAGCAAGACUGUGAGACCCUCGAAGGUGAGAUGUCCAGCAAGGUGGCCAUUGGCAGCGACAUCGGGCAGGCCCGCCGGGCUGUGGAGCAGCUGCGGAUGGAGGCAGGCAUUGACCGCGUGAAGGUGUCCAAGGCGGCUGCCGACCUGCUGCAGUUCUGCACGGAGCAGGCCAAGAGUGACCCCUUCCUUGUGGGCAUCCCAGCUGCCACCAACCCCUUCAAGGAGAAGAAGCCCUGCACCAUCCUGUGACCUUCAUGGCCCUGACUACCCAGACGGCCUCAAUAAAAAUGAAGUGAAUGAUCCUCA